UAAGCUGUGUGAUGAAUAUAUGUAAUGUUAAGCUAGACAUAUCAAAAUUGGUUCUGGUUCAUUUGUACGUGUGUAUAGCGCAAAUAUAAUGUUUUGACAUUCUGUUCGAGUGCUACUUGUGCGAGGGAUAUGAUGUUUUGUUCAAUAUAAAUGCGGCAUUCGGAAGCCAUCGUCGUGAUGAUUGUACGUUUUCAACAUAUAUUGUGAAUACUAAAGCCGUUUCAAUGCUGCCACCGCUGGAACCCCACAGCCCUGUAUUCUGUAAUGCAAUCAUUUACAGAAUCCUUACGUUGCCUGGAAUGCUCAGACUGCAAGGCAAGCUUCAGUUCAGCAUCUCUCUUACUACAGCAUUUUGCACAACAUGUCCUGGAAAGAAAACCUGAGGGCGAAGCCCCAAGUGAAAAUGUUGGUGAGCUUCACUGUUUCCACAGACAUAAAGGAAAAGAGAAAGAAAGCAUUUUGGAGACAGCAUUGAAACAUACUAGCGGUCAAGUUGCUGACACACAGCCAUCGUCACUGGAAUCUUGUUCGCCUCUCUCGUCCACAGCUUCUCCUGUUUGUGAGAGUGCUAGUACCAGGAUCUCACCAAAUAGUUCCUUCUGUGAAACAGCACCCGCAGUUGAUAAGAAAGAAGCAGCUCUUGCGAGGCUUGACCUGCAGACCCGGCUGGAGAACUGUAUCAUGAGGCUUGCUGCAUCCAGGAGUGCACUGUGUGAAUCUGCCCUCGAUUUGUCUAGUACUAGCAGUGGUAGGACUUGUGCAGGUGAAAACAUUGUAGUGAUGAAGGAAUGUACAGAAAAUGUACGCAAGUGUUCUUCUAGCAGAAAACAGAAAAAUCCCAAGAAAAUAUGUUCUACCAUAAUCAAAGAACAAGACCAGAUGGAGAAUGUUGCAGUGACAGAUGAAAAAUCUGCAGGCAAAAGGAGGUACCCGUGUCGUCUUUGUCCCAAGGCAUUUGGAUGGUCAACAGAUCUCAAGAGGCACAUCCUUACACACACAGGGGAACGACCCUUCAAAUGCCGCAGCUGUGAUGCAACAUUUACCCGAAACUUUCUUCUUCAGAAACAUGAGAGUCGUGUCCAUGUAGAAGGUCCAAACUUAAACACUGGAGAUUCAAGUGAUGAAAACUUCACAACUAUGGAAAAGAAGAGAAAGAGAUCCAAUGGAGAACUGUCAUCACGCUGCAAUGGUGUUUCGUGCUUUGUCUGAAACACGUUUUGUGAAACUGUGGCAGGUCUAGUAUGGAAAACAAUAGGGAAAGGUUAGUUUGCUUCUCACCAUAUGGAGGAGGCGUUGAGUCACAGAUAGGCACAAUAAAAACAUAUUCUACCAUUCUUUUUUAUUGUGCCCAUCCACACACAUUUUGUAAAUCCAUUGACUUGUUCAGUAUUACUGAUAAAUGGUCUUCUGACGUGUAUGUGAGCUGUUGCUACAGAAUUUAUGCACCAGUGGUAAUGAUUUGAUUUCUCACAUCUGUGAGCUAUUGUCAUAUGGAAAUCCCAAAUUCUAGUUUAACAGAUAAUUUUCUAUCCUAAUGCAAAAGUCUUCAUUGCAUCGUCAAGCUGGUUAUGAAAAAAACAGUUACUUUUACAGAUUCCUGUUUUACUUUUUAAAGGAAUGGACGCCAAUUGGAUUAGUUUCAAAUGAAAAGUGGGGAAAGAAUGACUGUCAUCAUCCAGGCAAAAAUGCACGAAGGAUACCUAGUAAGGCACAAAACAGCAUGAGUGUCAUUGCAGCAGACUGCAUCAAAUGUUAUUUAAUCAUUGUGAGAUAACAUUGCAUCAGUAAACAACAUAGAAAUUGAAGAGAUUUAAGUGUUAGGAAUUGUGUUAAGGCAGAAAGAAACAUGGCUGUAUAUUUGCGUUGCCUUUAACCUAUCUCGUAAGUACUUAUAUAUUCACUUGUAGCACGUGUUGGAGUGCAAAAUGCCCAAAAAGAGCCUUAUUGAAUUUUAUACAGCUAAAUCUUACUAGAAAAUUGAGAUUAUUAUUGUUAACUGUCAGGGUAUAAUAUUAUUGCUGCCUUCAUAAUUACUUCCGCAAAAGUUCAACUGCAGGCUAAGGCCUUUUUUUUAUUUAUUUUACAAAACCAUUUAAUAUCUUUCCAGCUAACAAUUCAGUUUACAAUACAUUUUAAGAACUUGCUGAGAAUGUCUUAAAGCAUUGUUCAAUAUUUUCUUACAUCCAGCUGCUAUAUUCGUUGACAUGGUACUUGUGUACCAAGUGUUACAAUUUACUUGAAUGUUUUUAUAUCUUUUGCUGGUGCACUUAAAAAUUGUUUUGGAGAUAGUCAUUUAUAAUUCAUUUGCAAUGAGGAAACCACCAUUUUGCUGUAAAACAGUGAAAAUUUCAUGAUGGAUGUAACAGAUUUCAUCAGGAUCAUGGUUUUUGAAUAUUAGUUAAAUAUGUUCAUUUUUUGGGCAAGGAAUAAAAUUUCAACUCGUCAGUCCAAAGACGUCUGCAGUUGUAUGUUAUCACAGCGGUUUGGAUUUCCAGUUUGAAGUGAAACAAAGUACGAAAAGAAAAACCUGAAAAAUAGAUCUCUAUCAACACCAGAGGUGUGUUGACAUGUUUGAAGCAUUAGAUUUUCAAUUAGUUUAUUGAUGACCAAUAUGUAUCUACAAAUUAAGCUCCUUAUACUUUAAUUUAACAUUGAAAAUCAUAGCAAGACAUGCAGUAUUGAUGAUGAUAUGGUUUGGAAGGAAAGAAAUCUUUUGUUUUUGCAACAGUCCUGGUUGUUUAUUGCCAGUUAAUUUAUUUUAAAUAGGAAUUUUGAUUUCUGAAAAUAUUGACAUGAUUAUGGUUUGUUACAUAAACUUUUUAUGAUUUCCACACAAUAAGACGCAGGAAAGUCUUCAAAAGUCACAGAUAUCUAAAGUAUAGCUAAUCAAAUCAUUGCUCUUGUCCUGGAAGAAUUGACGUAGUUGUAACAUACAGACAGUAGUGUUUUUAAAUGGAUGUUUGAAGGUAUAGUCUAAAAUGCAAUGUAUGUUCUUCUGUAAGUGAACCAACAUCUUUCUUGUUGGUGAGUGCACUGUAUCAAUUUUUUUGCACCUAAGUGUUUAUUCAACGUCUCUCUUUCUGUAGCUUCUUAUUACACACAAGAUAAUAUUUGAUGCUCACCAUGUAAUUUUAUUUGUUUUCCCUGAACAUAUGUAAGCGAAUAUACUGUAUUGCAAGCAAUUUUUUCCACAUUUUUUAAAACUACUUUGGUGCAAAUUAAUUUCAUUUACCAACCUCCUUUGACAUUGUCUCACAGGUGUUCAAGACAGUUUUCAUAGAUCAUAUUUAAUGCAGAAAUUUUUU